ACUUCCUGCACCUGCCAGGGCAGCUGUGGGCUGAGCAGGCGGAUGCCCAGCUGGGUCUGGGCAGAAGUUCCUUCUCACCACCUCCAGGCCUGUCUUCACCACUCGUUCUCAUUCACGACUUUAAGAAUCUGGAAGCCUAGAAUCCAUUGGGAUCCGCAGCCCGUGGACCCCAAUGUUGUGGCUGCAGGAGGGGAGCCAGCAGGGCCUGGGGCUCCAGGCUCUGCCCGAUGACGCUGCUCAUGGGAACAGGAGCUGAGGCCAGGCCAGAGAGAACCCUGGAGAUGAAGGGCCUCCUCACACUGGCUUGGUUCCUGGCUUGUAGUGUGCCUGCUGUCCCAGGGAGCUUGCUGCAGCUGAAGGUGAUGAUUGAGAAGGUGACUAGGAAGCCCGCCCUGACGAGCUAUGGCUUCUACGGCUGUUACUGCGGCUGGGGGGGUCGAGGAACCCCCAAGGAUUGUACUGAUUGGUGCUGUUGGAUGCAUGACCACUGCUACGCGCGGCUGGAGAAAAAAGGCUGCAAUGCCUUGACACAGGUGUACAGAUACAGAGUUGCAUGCGGCCUGGUCACCUGUGGUAAGGCUGGGGCUUCCAUUCAGGCCACUGGAAGAGCCUGGGUCCCUGCUGCCUCUGAAGUCAGGUGCCCCAAGAGGUCAGCCAGUCUAUAUCUUGGGGGGGCAGAGAUGGGGGCAACAGGGGGAGGAUUGUUGCAGCUGUAUCUGACCUCUAGGGGGCGGGCGGAAACAUCUUAGACUCAGCAUGUAUUAGGGGUCAAGCGCUUUCCAUAUGUCCUUUUGCUCGCUGUGGGGUGGCUUUAGUCCCCACUUUACAGAUGAGGAAACAGACUCAAAGCCUUGCCAGUGCACACAGCUAGAGUCGGGAUUCAAGCUCAGGUCCUUCUGAGUUCAAAGCUAAAUCUGGGGAUGGUGUCUCCUCUCUGAGAACUGAAGUUCCUCCAGAGACAGGGCUGUCUCCAUCACCAGACUGAGAGCUCCCAGUCUGAUGGGGAGGGAAUGCGUGUCCUCCAUCAGACUGGGGACUCCCUGAGGGCAGGAGUUGUGUCUCCCUCAGCUGAAACCUCGCCCUGGGCAGCAGCUGUGCCUCUUCCAUCGGGUUUUGCACCCCCAGUGUAGAUGCUGUGCCUCCCACGUUAGACUGAGGGCAGGAAGGAGACUGGGGAGUCUGCUCAGGCUAGCAGCAAGUCCGGACUGAAGCAAGUCCAGAGUCAGUGUCACAGAGCAUCUCUUCUUCCUCAUCCUGCAUUUGGUGUCCUGUUUGCAGGACGUGGGUCCCUCUGCCAGAUGCAGCUCUGCGCCUGUGACCGGCGUUUCGUCUACUGUCUGAAAAGAAACAUGAGGAGCUACAACCCUCUUUAUCAAUACUUUCCCAACUUCCUCUGCAUCUAGUCGCCUCAGUGAGCUCCUCCUGGACCAAGAUUCUUACACCCUCUCGUACAGCACAGAGCUUACCCACUCUGCUGGAAUCCCCAGAGAGGCUCCCAGGUCUGGGACCUCAUUCUUUCUUGAUGUUCCACUGGGCUCGGAGGAGGCCCACAGCCACACUUCAUCCUCCAGAGUUCCAGGAGCGUGACUCUGGUCAUUAGACUUGGCAAGGUCAGGGUCCCCGGCCUCCACUUGUGAGAUCAGCCACUCUGGUGCUGAAAGCUCGCCCUUCACUCCAGGCCAGCUGUAUUUCUCCUCAUCCCUGAAGACAGCCCUGCUUCUCCAGGAGGGAGGCUUUCCUGGGAUGCAUUGACUUUUCAGUUCUGCAGUUGGGUUAUCACUACCAUCCUGUAGAGAAUUUUCACAGAAGUGGAAGCAAAAGUGACUCCAUAAUUCUGCCACAUAGAUAUUAAAUAAAAUUCCUUCUCAAGACUAAUAAUAACCACACAGGUAUUUCCCCUGCUGUGGAGGAUUGCCUGCACCUCUUUCUCUGCUGUUGGGGCACCAGACCCAGCAUUAACCAUGUUCCCUCAGAGGAAGAAGGUACAGAUUAGUAACUAGAAGGUUUCCUGGGAUGAGUACCAAGCCUUCUUUGGGGCUCAUCUCCUUAAACCUUGGGUCCACUCGAACCAAGCACUGGACCUCAUUCUUCCUCCAGGGAGCAGGGAGAAGAUGAUUGGCAAUCGUGCCGUCUUGGGCUUCCAGACCAGAGAGUGCCGCAUUUGAAUGCCAACUUGGCUUCUCCAGCUGUGUGGUCUCAGGCUCAUUACUGAACCCCUCUGAUUUCUGGUCUCUUUAAAAAAGAAACUGUAGGGCUUCCCUGGUGGCACAGUGGUUGAGAGUCCGCCUGCCGAUGCAGGGGACACGGGUUCGUGCCCCGGUCCAGGAAGAUCCCACAUGCCGCGGAGCGGCUGGGCCCGUGAGCCAUGGCCGCUGAGCCUGCGCGUCCGGAGCCUGUGCUCCGCAAUGGAAGAGGCCACAACAGUGAGAGGUCCGCGUACCGCAAAAAAAAAAAAAAAAGAAACUGUAAUGUUUUUUGCGAUGUAAAUUGGGAAUCCCAAAGCUACCUUGAUGAUGACCUGGCGAGGCUGAGGUUCUGGGAUUUCACAGAGCAAGACAUUAAAAAAAUAGAGUUCGGGCUUCCCUGGUGGCGCAGUGGUUGAGAAUCUGCCUGCCAAUGCAGGGGAUAUGGGUUCGAACCCCGGUCUGGGAAGAUCCCACAUGCCGCGGAGCAACUGGGCCCGUGAGCCACAACUACUGAGCCUACGCGUCUGGAGCCUGUGCUCCGCAACGAGAGAGGCCACGAUAGUGAGAGGCCCGCGCACCGCGAUGAAGAGUGGCCCCCGCUUGCCGCAACUAGACAAAGCCCUCGCACAGAAACGAAGACCCAACACAGCCAAAAAUAAAUAAAUUUAUAUAUAAAAAAAAGUUCAACUAUGGGGUUUAUUUUUACCAAGGAAGGACACUAAAGAGCCCACCUCAUCUAUCUAUUCAUAAAAGAAAGGGUGUUCUGAUACCCAGACUGCAGGAAGAAAGGACACAUCCCAAAACAAAGGAGAGUCCUUUCCAAGAAAGGACAUUUGGCUUCCUUCCAUUGACAAAUCCCAAAAUAACCACAUGAUAAAUGGGAUCUAUAUUUAAAAACCUCCAAUGUUGAACAUUUUCAAAAUAAAAUUUAAUUUUAUGCAAUUAC